GCCCGUCCGCAACAGAAGCUGCGGUCAAUGGGUGAAUGCCCGGCCGCUCCGGUCUGGCGCGACCGGCCACGAGCAGUUUUCGGGUAGCUAUCAGCAUUAAACAGCGGCUGGCCCGUGUGAUGUUGUCUCUCUCACUCGCUCACUGAGAGCGGGCGGUAUUCCGGCUCCUGUCCAAAAAGCUCUUUAUUCAGUUCCCAGCGAGAGCCCAGCCGAAACGCGCCGCGGGCUGCGGAGAAGCCGUGCGCCUUCUUAAAGGGUCAGUAUUUCAGCCAGUCAGUAAACUAGUCUUCCCCGGCCGUCAGCCCACGGACCGUUGGCUCACUUCACCAUGGACGUCCUCAUCGUCCUGCUCGGGGGGCUCCUCCUCCUGAUCCUGACCAUGCUGGCCCUCAAGAGGAAGGCCUUCGUCGACAAGAUCAACGCCUUGCCGGGGCCGCCGAGCGCACCGAUCAUCGGGAACCUCCUGGACAUCGCCAAGCACAACUUCGAAACGUUGGCCGCCGCAGUAGAGCAACAGAAGGAAUUUCCGAACGGUUUCCGGUUUUGGAUCGCCUCGUUUCCGUACGUGGUCCUCAACACCGCGGAAAGCGUCGAGGCCGUGCUGUCAAGCGUGCAGCACAUCGACAAAAGCAACGACUACUCCACGCUGCACCCGUGGCUACGGUCCGGACUGCUAACGAGCAAGGGCGCGAAGUGGCACGCCCGCCGGCGCCUGCUGACGCCCACCUUCCACUUCCGGAUCCUGGACCAGUUCCUUCCGGUGUUCAACCGGAACACGACCGUGCUGGUGAAGAAGCUGGCAGCAUUGAGCGGCCGCGAGGCCUUCAAUCUUGGCCACUACGUUCACCUGUGCACACUGGACACCAUCUGUGAGUCUGCAAUGGGCACGACCGUCAACGCGCAGGAGGACUCCAACUCGGAGUACGUGCAGGCGGUGAAAACGUGAGUACCAGGCGACCGAUUG